AUGUUUCGGUGUCGGAGAGCAUAGUGGCAACGAGAACUGGCGCGGGACGGAGCGAGGAGUUGUUAUCGAGGAAGAGGGAGAGCAGACAGCGACAGUAGCAGAGCAGGGGGUGUGUGUGCGUGUGUGUGAGAGAGAGAGCGAAAGUGUGUUUUUGAAGUCCCCAAAAAGGUGCACAACACGGCGUGAAUGAGAGAGGCAAGCUGGCGGACUUCAACAUGGCAUCCGGUGAUACGCUGUACAUCGAGACAGACGGCUCGGAGAUGCCGGCCGAGAUCGUGGAGCUUCACGAGAUAGAGGUGGAAACGAUACCCGUGGAGACUAUCGAGACCACGGUGGUCGGCGGGGACGACGACGACGAGGACGACGAUGAAGACGACGAGGACGACGAGGACGAAGAGGAGGAGGAGGACGACGAAGACGACGACGAGGACGACGGGCAGCCCAUGAUCGCGCUCCAGCCGCUGGUCACGGACGACCCGAACUCGAUCCACCACCACCACCACCAUCACCACCACCAGGAGGUGAUCCUGGUCCAGACCCGAGAGGAGGUGGUCGGUGGGGAUGACUCGGACAUGCACACGGACGGCGGGAGCGGGUUCGAGGACCAGAUCCUCAUCCCGGUACCGGCUCCCGGAGCGGAGGACGAGUACAUCGAGCAGACUUUGGUGACCGUGGCCGGGAAAAGCUCGGUGGGUCGGAUGAGACGGGGAGGCGGCAACGGGGGCAAGAAAGCGGGCAAAAAGAGCUAUUUAAGCGGCGCGGAGGCCGGCGGAAGAAAAUGGGAACAGAAGCAGGUGCAGAUAAAGACACUGGAGGGGGAGUUUUCUGUUACAAUGUGGGCAUCGGAUAACCAUAAAGACAUUGACCAUGAGUCGGUGGUGGAGGAGCAGAUCGUCGGGGAGAACUCCCCCCCGGACUACUCCGAGUACAUGACGGGGAAGAAGCUGCCCCCUGGUGGGAUCCCGGGCAUCGACCUCUCGGACCCCAAACAGCUGGCCGAGUUCGCCAGGAUGAAGCCCAGGAAAGUGAAAGAGGACGACGCUCCGCGGACGAUAGCGUGCCCUCACAAAGGCUGCACAAAGAUGUUCAGGGACAACUCGGCCAUGAGGAAGCACCUCCACACCCACGGACCCCGCGUGCACGUCUGCGCCGAGUGCGGCAAGGCGUUCGUCGAGAGCUCCAAACUCAAACGUCACCAACUCGUCCACACGGGGGAGAAACCCUUCCAGUGUACCUUCGAGGGCUGCGGGAAGCGCUUCUCUCUGGACUUCAACCUGCGCACACACGUGCGGAUCCACACCGGGGACCGGCCCUACGUCUGCCCCUUCGACGGCUGCAAUAAGAAGUUCGCCCAGUCGACCAACCUCAAGUCUCACAUCCUCACACACGCCAAAGCCAAAAACAACCAAUGAGAACCCUUCCACCGGCGGCGAGACACACAGGAGAUGAAGGAGAGGAAAAGAAGAAGAAGAAAAAAGCAAAAGCAUCCCAGCAGCGCACCUGAAGACGUCUUUUGAGACCGGAAUGAAACGCUUGAGACUUGAUUGAUUUAUACGGAAAAAAUCUGACAGAUUAAAAGACUUAAAAAAACACUGAAAUUCAGCUAGUUUUCCCGCGCCCCCUUUCUUCUGCUGUCACAUUGGAUGAGGAGCACAGUGACUAUUCCCCAAAGCCCCGGCCCCCACACAACCCCCCCCCCCCCUUUUCUCCAGUGGCACCGAGCUGCCAGAAGAUGGAAAUCAUGGACAAACAUCAGAGACUUAUUUUUACCAGAGCGAGCAGAGAAUCAGCAGCCUAUUAGUACUUUUUAUUUUCUCACAUAGCUUUUAUUUUCAACAAGCGUGCAUAUUGUACACUUGUCUCAGGCUAUGUUUGGUAAAAUUGUGAUCUUUAUUAUUUCACCCCCCCCCUCCCUUCCUUUGUGCAUUAUGAGAUCGUACCGCUGAUACAAAGAGGCCGCCGGCCUUUUCUGACCCAUUUCACAUGUAUGAGAAGUUUAAAAACCGCUGUAUGUUUGCAUUUCCAUACCCUCUUUGGUUGUAUUUUUCUCUAACCACAAAAUAACCGUGAAUACUUGUAUUGUAUGGCUGUAUUGAAAUUACGUAGACAUAGAUAGAGGUGUGAUUUAAAGUGUUAACCAAUUAAACUUUUAGUCAUGAGUUGCUUUCUAUUUUCUAAGCACUGUCUUUACACAGAUGAAUGACUAUAAUAAAGUUACUCAGUCGCGAGUCUCGGUUUAAGAUAUUCGGAGCCUGCGUUGAAUCGACUGCGAGACCAUCACCUUUUUUGUUAGAAUGUAAUGUACAGUCGUCACCUGUUACCUUCUUUUUGUUGAUAUUUACACACAUGUAUCUCCACUUCCCACAAUAAAAUGGCUCAUCCCAACCCUGCCGAAAUAUACACAAA